UUUCGAGAUUGCCAAGCGAGUUGCUUAUCAAGUAAUUCCUGAUUGACGAAAAUUUACUUGUUUUGGAGCGAAUUUUCCAGAAUGGAAGUGGAUGGAAGGGUAUAAAAGGAAGACAACUCGCGAUUCAAGCAUGUUUUGCAGAAUUGAAGCACAGGAGAAAAUAAAAAAAAAAGCUUAGCAAAGCCGGAUAACGAUGGCCAAUAACGAAAACAAGCUGGAAAUUGCGAAGCUUGACGUGAGAGAAUAUCGACCGGAGGAAAUCUCCUUCAAGGUUGAAAACGGAGUUGUGAAGGUACAGGGCAGACAUGUGAACGAGGGGCCUUUUGGGUUCGAGCUCAAGGAGUUCAGACGCACAUUUACUCUGCCUGAAGGAGUCGAGGCGAGCAAUGUGAAAACUCGAAUCUCCAACCAUGGACAACUACACAUAGAGGCGAUGAAAGCGCUACCAGAACCAGACGGCGCAAAAAAAGAAUCCAAAGACGAUAAGUUUAGUAUGGCAAUGGACGUAAAGGGUUUUCCUCCAGAAGCCAUCAAGGUCCAAGUUCUCGGAAACGAGUUGCUUGUGAGUGCCAACCACGAAGUUGAACAUGAAGGACAUCACCAUGCCAUGCACUUUAAUCGCCAGUUCAUACUGCCGAGAGAAGUCGACAUGGACUCACUCACUACUCGCCUUGAUAAGGAAGGAAAGCUGCACUUUGAGGCGAAGAAAAGGAAUGCUCCGGCGUUACCGCCAGUCCGAGAGCUGAAGGUUCUCCGGGAUAAGUAGAGUGGAAUAUGAACAGUACGGAGAUGUGUAAACACCACGAACAUAGUACUGGGACACUUAUAACAUAGGACUAUAAGGUUCAAAUGCUACUAGAUUAAGUGCCAAUUAUAAACAUAGGAAUUUGAUGCUCACAUGUUACUAACUUAAGUGCCAGCUAUAGGUUUUGACCUCCAGGUUUUUUUUUUCUUUUUUUAUUUCGGUGCACAUAUUUGUUUUUGCAAUGUACUACCAUGGUUGCUUUUGUUUAUAAAGUGUAAUAUCUAGAAACUGCUGAUUCUAUUUAAAAAUAUGUAUCAAUAGAGAUCUUUAGUGAAAUAUGAACACUUUAUUGAUCCAUUUAGAAAGAACUGUUAGGUCAAUAAAUACAAUAAAGUAAUGUUCCUAAAAAAAA